AUGCGCGCCUCCACCACCGACGCCGACGACCGCCCGCUCGUCGAGCUCGCCGUCGUUGCCCCCACGCCUUCUACCUCCUCUCCCUCCCCCUCUCCCGCCACCGGGCCUGCCGCGUCCGCACCGGGAUUUUCCCGCGCCGUCCGAUGCAACGCCCGCUCCUCCGGCUCCGGCUCCGCCUCGGGAACUGCCGAUGGCGACGGCCUCUCCUCCUACCCGGGGAACGCGAUAUCGACCACCAAGUACACGGCCGCCAGCUUCCUCCCCAAGUCGCUCUUCGAGCAGUUCCGCCGCGUCGCCAACUGCUUCUUCCUCGUCGUCGCCUUCGUCUCCUUCAGCCCGCUCGCGCCAUACCGCGCCGUCUCCGUCCUUCUCCCGCUCGUCGUCGUAGUGUCGGCCGCAAUGGCCAAGGAGGCAGUCGAGGACUGGCGCCGAAAGCAGCAGGACGUAGAAGUGAACAAUAGGAAGGUUGAGGUGUUUGAUGGGGUCCAAUCCUUUCAUGAAACAGAAUGGAAGAAGCUCCAAGUUGGUGACAUAGUUAAAGUAAAAAAAGACGAGUUCUUCCCUGCGGAUCUUCUUCUGCUUUCUUCGUGCCAUGAUAAUGGAAUAUGUUAUGUUGAAACAAUGAAUCUAGAUGGAGAGACAAACUUAAAGCGAAAACAAUCAUUGGACGUGACUGUGGGCUUGAGUGAGGAGCAUUCUUUUCACAGUUUCAAGGCUUUCAUACAAUGUGAGGAUCCAAAUGAGAAAUUAUACUCUUUCCUAGGGACACUGUACUACGGUGAGCAACAAUAUCCUCUAUCUCCACAGCAGAUCUUGCUAAGGGGCUCAAAGCUUCGGAAUACGAACUUCGUAUAUGGCACUGUAAUAUUCACGGGGCAUGAAACUAAGGUAAUGCAGAAUGCUACGGAGCCACCAUCGAAGAGGAGUUCUGUUGAGCGGAGAAUGGACAAAAUAGUUUAUCUUCUGUUUGCAAUUCUCCUCUUUAUUGCGUCUUUUGGGUCAAUUUUCUUUGGGAUUAAGACGAAGGCUGAAUUAAAUCCAGGAAGCUAUGCAUGGUACCUAAGACCAGAUCAAUCCAGUAUAUUCUUUGAUCCAAACAGAGCAUCAUUUGCAGCCUUUUGCCAUUUUCUGACAAGUCUAAUGUUGUAUGUAUGCUUGGUGCCCAUUUCAUUGUACAUAUCAAUAGAAAUGGUUAAAGUCUUACAGAGUACUUUCAUAAACCAAGACCAACAUAUGUAUUGCGAAGAAUCUGAUAAACCAGCAAGGGCUCGUACAUCAAAUUUGAAUGAGGAACUUGGUCAAGUCCAUACUAUACUCUCUGACAAAACAGGAACUUUAACAUGCAAUUCGAUGGAGUUCGUCAAAUGUUCCAUUGCUGGUGUUGCCUAUGGGGACAGCCUUACGGAAGUGGACAUUUCUUACGGAGGAAUAGAGGAAGCAUCUGGCUAUAAUGUUCGUAAGGAUUCAACUAAAUCUAAAAGAUCAGUCAAGGGAUUUAACUUCACUGAUGGUCGUUUGAUGAAUGGAGAAUGGACCAAAGAAAGCCGUCGAGAUGCUAUAGAGAUGUUCUUUCGUGUAUUAGCUGUUUGUCACACUACAAUUCCAGUGACAGAAAAAAAUUCUGUAGAGAUAUCUUAUGAAGCUGAGUCUCCUGAUGAAGGAGCUCUUGUUACAGCUGCAAGAGAAUUUGGCUUUGAAUUUUUUAGUAGGACACAGACAGCCAUAUCGGUGCAUGAGUAUGAUCCUGUCUUAGGUAGAAAAGUGGAUAGAACAUAUAAGGUACUCAAUAUCUUAGAGUUUAGCAGUGCCCGGAAGAGAAUGUCUGUUAUUCUGAGGACAGAAGAGGGUCGGCUAUUUCUGUUCUGCAAAGGAGCUGACAGUGUAAUACUGGAAAGGCUCUCUAAGGAUAAUGAAAAACCUUGUGUGACCCAUACAAAGCGGCACAUCGAAGAAUAUUCAGAAGCAGGACUGCGGACCCUGGCACUUGCAUAUCGUGAACUUGCCGAGGAAGAGUAUGCUGCUUGGAAUAAGGAGUACUCAUCAGCCAAGAAUUCUAUACAUACCGAUCAUGAUGCAGCUGUGGAGAAGGCAUCGGAAGAUAUUGAGAAAGAUUUGGUUCUCUUAGGUGCUACUGCUGUUGAGGACAGACUGCAAAAGGGGGUUCCAGAGUGUAUUCACAAACUUGCACAAGCUGGAAUUAAGAUCUGGAUUUUAACUGGAGACAAAUUGGAAACAGCUGUCAACAUAGGUUAUUCUUGCAACCUACUGAGGAAGGAGAUGGAGACAUUUUUUGUAACACUGGACAACUCAGGGGCAAAUGCUCCUGAGGGAUGCAGCCAGGAAGGCAGCAGAAUGGCUCCGUAUGAACAAAUCGACAGAAAAUUACAAGAUGCUCGAAGGAAAAUUUCACUGAAAGGAACUUCAACUCCGUUUGCUCUCAUCAUUGAUGGCAAUGCUCUAACAUAUGCUCUUACGGGUAGCCUUAAGGACUCAUUUCUGGAUCUAGCUGUUGAUUGUGCAUCUGUUUUAUGUUGUCGCAUGUCUCCUAAACAGAAAGCACUGAUCACCAGGUUGGUUAAAACAAAGACAGAGAAAACUACACUAGCUAUAGGCGAUGGAGCGAAUGAUGUUGGUAUGCUACAGGAGGCUGAUAUUGGUGUUGGAAUAAGUGGUGCUGAAGGAAUGCAGGCUGUGAUGGCAAGUGACUUUGCAAUAGCUCAGUUUCGUUUCCUAGAGCGGUUACUCCUUGUGCAUGGUCACUGGUGUUAUCGCCGUAUUGCAGCUAUGAUAUGCUAUUUUUUCUUCAAGAACAUCACAUUUGGCUUCACACUUUUCUGGUUUGAGGCGCAUGCCAUGUUCUCAGCUCAGCCUGGUUACAAUGAUUGGUUCAUAUCUUUCUACAAUGUUGCCUUCACAUCUCUCCCUGUCAUUGCUCUAGGUGUUUUCAAUAAAGAUGUCUCUUCCAGUGUUUGUCUCGAGGUCCCUUCGUUACAUCAAGAUGGUGUGAAUAAUAUAUUCUUCAGCUGGUCUCGUAUACUCAGCUGGAUGCUAAACGGACUGUGCUGUUCAAUCAUAAUAUUCUUUGGUGCUCUCAAUGCUGUUCUCAUUCAGGCUGUCCGACAGGAUGGUCGUGUUGCUGGGUUUGACAUCCUUGGAGUUACCAUGUACACUUGUGUGGUGUGGACCGUCAAUUGCCAAUUAGCACUCUACAUCAGCUACUUCACCUGGAUACAGCAUUUCGUCAUCUGGGGCAGCAUACUGAUUUGGUACACAUUUCUGAUCAUCUAUGGCUCAUUCCCUGCAGUGAUAUCUACCACAGCCUAUCACGUUUUCUGGGAAGCUUGUGCGUCGAGCCCACUGUACUGGCUAUCAACCCUAGUCAUUGUCGUCACAGCCUUGCUCCCGUUCUUCCUCUACAAGAUUACGUGUUCAUUAUUUUACCCACAGGACCAUGAGCGAGUUCAGAGAACUAACUCAAAAGGCUGGUGAUGGAAGGCUAGUGAAGUAACUUUAUGGAGACAGCGGCUGUCAAUAUAACAUGCAUCGUGGUUCACUUUCUAGAGCAUGAUAUUUUACACAGUAAAUACUUUAUCAAACAAGGGUUGCUACUCCAUGCAUUAGAAUUAGAUUAUGUACAUACCUGGGUUCAUACCUAAAAAGAUAUAGCCAAGUUAUAGUAA